UGAAGGUGAAUUAUUAUUCAAUCCGUCUGCCCGAAUGUCGAAGGAGUUGGAUACCAACUUGCUCGGAGUCAUAAGUCAGCCCUCGGAAAGCUGCGAUGAAAGAGGAAAACGUCCGAAAUUGGAAGGGGAAUCCGAACCGGAAUCUGAUUCGGAAUCAGAACCGGAAUUCCUUGAUUGGGAUCAUACAGAGAAACCAUAUGAAGAUCUGGUUUAUGAUGACUUCGCAAAGCGGUUUGACGAUUACCCUCGCCCUUAUUAUUUUGGGUGUUCCCGCUUUAUUUAUAAGAAUAAGGCUCGGAUUAAGCAAGAAGAGGAAGAAGAAAAGGCAAUGGCUGAUUAUUUACAUCUCUCUGCAAACCUAAGUCCCUUCGAUGCUAUCCCUGUUCCACCCUUAGCAAAUAGAUGCGGCAAUAACUUUCCCAAACCUAUGAUUAUCGAUGAUGAUGUUCGCGAUCUUCUUAUCGAACUUUCCAAAUUUUCUUUGGAAAAGUACAAUGGUGAUCAGGGUUCAAAGUACGUGUUUCAUGACCUUGUGAAAGCAUGCCGAUGUCGUAUUCCUCACAUUACUUAUUUCAUUACCUUUGAAGCAAAAGAUGCUGCUACCCAUGUCGAUCCUUUAGACAGCCCUAUUACAACUUUCCAGGCCCAUGUCUGGAAACGGUUUACGGAAGAUGGACCGCCUGUGGUCAAAUCAUGUUCCAUUAAAACCUAACAAACACAUGCAUCAUGGUAAUAAGGUUUCUUUACGUAAUCAUGCAUGCAUGCAUAUUCAGAAUGUUUCAUGUGUUAGUCAAUUUUCUUAGAGACUUCUAAUUGAUAAUUGUUCUUUUGAACAUGCAUUUGAUUAUAACCAAAUUUCUUUUCAUAGAAAAACACAUAUUAAAAUUUGAAACUGGCAUUAGACUAUACAAGCUAAGUUCCAUAGAGACUAGAGCAUGA